AUGGCCACCGUCCCCAUUGACGACUACCUCUCCGAGGAAGAGGAGGAGGGCGAAGAAUACGAUUACAUGUAUGACCCAGAGAUAACCCUCUCCUCCAUUGCCAAGAGCAAGACAAUCAACUUUUCUAUCCACGCCAACUACACGGGAUGGGAGCCGCGAGAAGCUUUCCGCGAGCUACGGGACUUUUGUGUCGUUCGUGAAGAGAGGACGUCAGGCACCGACACCGAAAUAGUGUACAAAGUACCACGCUUCGGCGCUGAUGACAGCAAGGAAUGGCUUGGCUACAUCCGCUACAAAGGCCGCCACGGCGAGGGCACCAUCGACAUCACGAACCGCUCUGCAACGCUGCAACCUUGGCAUCUUGACCUCGGGGGAACGAGCAAGGCCGACGACGACGACCAGGCUGGGGCCCAUGGCGAGGGUCUCAAGCUCGCUCUCUUAGUCCUCAUGCGCGGUAUGCAGAAUCACAGCGUUAGAUGUCGCUCCGGCGGCUUUAAUUGGAAGUUCAACUUCACCACCCGCGGUCGGCUGGUUGCUCGCCUGCACCGCAUGGCUCCCGAGGCCAUCCGAAAGGCAGAAGACCAGGCCCGUCGGCUGAGCCAAAGGACGUUGCUCCCGUUUGGGACCAAUCCGGAGCUCGACGUGCAGUUUGUUAUUGGGGAGACACACGCUGGCCGAGAUCAGUGGGGUGGCAAGGUAAAACGGAGCCCGGUGGAACAGGAAGAGUUCGAAGCCUGGACGAAGGCCGCUCUGUUCCUCCAAGACGCGCGGGAUGGGGCCAUCAUCUCGACGGAUGGCGGCGAUCUUCUUACAGACCCACGUCUCUGUGGGCACAUAUACCUGAAGGGACUUUUGCUAGACGAGUCUGUUCCCACGCGAUCGGCCAGCAUCACCGACCAACCUCUCAAGUUCGGCUACAACUUUGCUUCUGGGCACACCAAUCGCGAGAGGCAGUCGGUUGGUAGUGCGGACGAAGAGGCCAGGGCCAUCACCGGUAUCUGGAGUAAGGCGCUGGAGGCCAAACCCGAGCUGGUUUCGGAGCUGAGCGCCGUGCUAAACACAACUGAGCCCAAAUAUGCGGAUAUCGCUGGGGCAGAGAGGUUCAUGAAUUUUGAGACGGCAUGGCGGUUGAAACAGUAUCUUGUGGGGAGCCAGUUUGCAGGCAAGUGGUACUAUUGCGGCGAGGAUAAGAACAAGAAUCCGAGGCUGGACCGCAUCAUACAAGGUCUCGGAUGCGAGGGUGUCCAGUUAGCGGACUCGUACUGGACCAUCCUGCGCCGGCACAACCUGAUUCGCACCGCUGAGGAAGAGGAGCACAGCCGCUUUACAUCCGCACCGACCGUUGUAGCCACAGGAUUUGAGACCGCCUUUGCCAAGUCAGUGCGCCGCCUCCUCCGCGCUUGCGUGCAUGCCUGUCCCAUGACAAACGGAACGGCUAUCCAGUUUGUCCAAGCUGGUCAGCUCCACCUCCAGCUGUUCUAUUCCAAAGCGGAGCGGUUGUUUUGGGUCCACGACCGGUGGCUCUCCAUCAACGGUGCCACUGAGGAGUUGGGUCUUCCUGAGGACUUGUUAUCCGUCGACGUAAUCUUCCACACCGUCAAACGGCUCUUCGCCGAUGCGCUCGACCAGCUCCCGUGUGUCAUGUUCUUGGGAGAUGGUUCUAGGACCGCGGACUGGCUAAGGAAACUGGAAGUCAGCCGCGCAGAGCAGAGACUGCUAAACUAUCUACGAAUGGAGGGACUACACGUCUUGGAAAUUGGGUCGAAUCGCGAGUUGCGUCUGACCUGGAAGGUUGACACCCGGCUAGCGUUGGGUAUUAGGGUUGAGAUCCAAUGUCACAGCGCGUCGCGAUGCCUCCACCUGCGGGAGAACUUUUUGACCGCAGAGCACGGUGCGUUUUGUUCCACAGAGUCUGCCAAACCAUCUCCCACGGCCCUCAAUACGGCGCUUGCUAACUCAUUUGCUGUAGCCCGCGCCGACAAGUUGAUGUGUAUGACCCCCUGGGAUGAAAACGGCCUCGCUUGUCGAUCCCAUGAAUGCAACUAUUCAACGGGCUGUCACUACGAAAAGGAUUUGGAGGCGGACAAGGACUACUUCUUCGUGGUGCUAAUACCGGCAGAUCCGAAUUCCUUUGUCGCCCUCUCCACUGUCACGGACAUGGCCGGUCGAGCAUCAUCGACUUCCCGAAAUAGGGCAAGACCUCCGUCUCCGGCACCCUACCGUGGCCCGAGAAGGUCAGCACCUGGAUGCCGGCCGCCGGAACUCCCAGCCCCGCGGAGGAGCGGCCCGCGUGAGGUUUCUAGCGUCAGCACGUCAAAUCCAGCCAACAGCGGUACAGGCAAUACUGGGGGAGUGUCGCCGUCACCAGGGCCGGACGUCAACGGGAGGCAGCCGCCAACUGCGGCGGCGCCUGGUGUGAAGCACACCACUGUCAUCACUCCAUCAACCCCAGCAACAGCCACUGUAUCGACAGCCUCCUUCACCCUUGGGCCCCGUCUCUCCACUCUAGACGUUUUCAAAAUCGAUAGGGAACGGUGGUACGAGGCUAAGAAUGCAGCGAAUGUGCAGGCAGUUAUUGGUAUCUUUACUGGGGAGAAGUCCCUGCCAGAGGAGACGAAGAAACGGCCGAGGAUCGACUAG